AUGAUGCAUAGCGAGUUAGAUCCAGCACUUCUGAGCCACGAAAAUGAUGGCCCACCUUCGACUGGAUCGCAUGUUGGAAGAGAGAGCAAGCUUCUAUUAGUAGUAAGCCGUGAUCCGGCCGACAAUAAUUCAGAUGCUCAUGGAGACAAUAAUAAAAUCAUCACUGGAAUUCUUCCUCAGAAGAGGUCCAGUACGUUAUUCAGUAUGCGCACUUUUGUCUGGUUGGGUGUCUUGGUAAUGGCUAUCAUUUUCAUAUCUAUGAUCGUUAUUGUCUAUACGAAAGGGAAGACAAGUAUUCAAGGAUCACGAGACAAAGAAGACACAACAUCAGACAAUACAAGUUCAACAGAUAUAUUCCGUCCUGGAAAUAUCACUAUUCAACAGAUGACCAAGAAAGUGUUGUUCAUUAUCGCAGAUGGUAUUCCUGCCGAUGUUAUUGAAGCUGCUUCGGCUCCGAAUAUUAGAAAGAUCUCUGACCUUGGAACAUAUAAGAGAGCAUACGUAGGAGGCAUCAAGGGGUCUUAUUCAGAGACACCAACCGUUUCUGCUCCAGGUUACAUGGAUCUAAUUACUGGAACAUGGGGUAACAAACAUAAUGUGUUCGAUAAUGAUGUCAAAAAUCCUAACUAUCAUUAUAAAAAUAUUUUCCGAUUGUUGAAAGAACAAGAACCACAAAGGGAAAUCGGUAUCUUCUCUACUUGGUUAGAUAAUCGUCUCAAACUUGUGGGUGAAGGUCUACCACAGGCUGGUCAAAUUAUUUUCGAUUAUAAAUUUGAUGGAUAUGAAUUAAACCAACACGCUUAUCCACAUGAUCUAGCAGAUUACUAUAUUUAUAGGAUCGAUGAACGUGUGGCAAAUGAAGCUGCCACAUGUAUCCGAACAGCAGCACCAGAUCUAUCAUGGACUUAUUUACAGUAUACUGAUGAUGUGGCACAUCAUUUCGGAGACAGUGAACAAUUCAAUCAAAGUGUUAUUAGUCUUGAUAAUCAAAUUGGUCGAAUGUGGGAAGCGAUCGAGUAUCGACAGAACCACUUUCAUGAGGACUGGCUGAUAAUUAUUACAACUGACCAUGGCCGAGAUCCGACUACAGGUCGCGAACAUGGAGAACAAUCCGACCGAGAACGUACAACCUGGAUAGUGAUGAAUACACAGAAUACAAAUGAUUAUUUUCGUAAUUUUCAGCCUGCUAUCGUUGACUUAUUGCCAACAAUGGCACAAUUUCUUAGUAUCUCGGUCCCAAUAGAAUCGGCUCGAGAACUAGACGGAAUUUCAUUGAUUGGAAAAAUUUCAUUAGCCAACUUUGAAGCACAAUUAACUGGUGAUCGUAUCAAGUUUAGUUGGCAAGCAUUCGAUGAUGAAGGCAAUGUGACAAUAUGGCUUUCAACUACUAAUUCAUUUCAGAAGGGAAAAUCUGAUGAUUAUCAGCUCAUGGGAACAGAGCAUAUCGCUUUGAAAACAGCUGAGAUUGAUGUCAAAAACUAUCCAUCGGACUUCUAUAAGAUUGUACUUGAAGGUCGAUAUAAUAUGGUGAACAAAUGGCUAUUUCGAUUAACCUAA